AUGGAAAAUAACUUUUCAUCUCCUCCCCAAAUCUUUAUAGAUUUAAUUUGCAAGCUCAUCAGUUUCUUAUGCUCAUCCAAAUCCCAGCCAUCUAAAUCACCAGCCCAAGAAAACAAGUUUUUGAGGGUUUCCACAUCAGAUCACCAAACAGUCCGAGAGAAAGUCCUUUCAGCACUAACCGCUCCCAAAGCUCAAAAAUUUGAAUUUGGCAUAGAAAUUAUACAGAAUACAGAAGGCUGUCAUCCUUUUCUACUCGAAAAGUGGGUAUUCAUUCUGAUGCAAAACCCCCGAUAUAUGAAAAUAUCCCAAACUGAGUUAGAACAAAAAUGUUCUUCUGUCCUUCGUUCCUUGAUUUCUGGAAGCCUAUUAUUGCCAGCAAACUGUCAUAAUAAAUCAUCAAUUUCAAUUUCCUUCAAAAAUUCCUCAGAUGCCUUUUCCUCAUGAGAUUCAAAUAUUUCGCCUACAGAAAUUUUGCGUUUUCCAAGUCACCCUAUUAAGCUGGAAUCCAAAAAUCAUAAGCUCUUGAUUUUUUCUGAGUAUAUUGCAAAGGAUAUGCAGCCAAAAAUAAUAACUCAGCAUCCACACCACAGGCCUAGACUUUCAUCUAUUUUUAUUGGAGGUAAAGAUAUUUCACCAAACUCGUCUAUAAGCACUGAUAUUUCGCUGCCAAGAGAAAGAACGUGCAAAAGAACAAAAACAGCGGUGAUAUCCUUGAUACUGUCGACAAGUUUUGAGGAAGAUGAAACUGGAUUUAGGCCGUUAAAAAAUAUCCUUCUUACAAGUGGAACUAGAAUUCUUCAAACACCAAUUUCUUAUAUUAUAUAUUAAUAUUAGAAAUGAAUUUUAUAUAUUUUAGGGGGUUUACUCUAGAAGAGAUUAAUUUUUCAGGAAUUUUCAUGGGUGACGAGAUAGAAGAUGAAGAGUUUGAGGACGACAGCUUUGAGUUCAGAGAGAUUGAUGAAGGCGAAAGCACGAAUUUUGAAGACUCACAUGUUUUUGAGUACUGUAAAAAAUGUAAUAAAAUGAGAGACUCCAAGCUCUAUGGCGGAGAUGAAGAUUUUCUUCAAGAAACUCUUAAGCUUGUCAGCUAUUGGAAAUCAGCCAGAAAAACAAGCCUAUAA